UCCGUGUCUAUGUGGGAGUUGGUUGAUUUUUUCAAGAUUCCUACAGAUAUAUUUUUUAGUCCAUUGUGUCGCUGGUUGAAUCUGUUAUCUGAAUUUCGUGCGCUUUAUCGAAUGCUGAUGGAGACCUUAUAGCAAGAAUUCAACAGAGCUUUCUUGCAGGGAACCGCUGACAUUUGAACUCGCUUUACUCUCUCCAGCCUUUUAAUGGGUUAUUGUUAUGUCUGUCUCAUUGUGUGCAUUUAGGCUUGAAAUUGCAAGUGGCCUCACCCCUAUUGGCUUUGAAGAGUAUAUUGCCCCGAAGCUGUCCAAAAUGUCGUCUGGCAGCUGUGCGGGAGAUGCCGAGUCCGGCCAGGGCAGACGGCCGAUGCGGUGGCAGCACGACCGGCGCGUGAUGGGGCCCGUCACCGUGGAAACGGUGAUGCCGAGGCUGGUGGAGGGCGCGGCCGCCGGCGCCGGCACGGCGGGCUCGGCUGGACAGGUGCAGGCGGGGGCCGCGGCUGGAGCUGCCUCUCAGCAGGGAGCCACGCCUCCACCGUCUGCAGCUUCCACCAGAGCUGCGGCUGCCGGCGCCUCGGGCUCCAGCCCCGGCUCGGCCUCUCGAGGAGCCACCCCGCCGGCGGCCACGGCGGGCCCCUCGGGCACCAGCCCCGGCUCGGCGGCCACGGCAGGCCCCUCUGGCACCAGCCCCGGCUCGGCGGCCUCGCGGGGCGCCACGCCGCCAGUGGCUGCCGGCGGCGGCUCGGCGGGCGCCUCCCCGGACACACUGUCGGCGGAGGGCGGGGCGCGCCGCUGGGAGCGCGACCGCGCGCCGCCCGACGGCGACAUGGUCAUGGGUCCGUCCGGCAGGGCGGUCUCGUACGCGGAGCUGGUCAAAUCCGGCCGGGAGCCGUCGCUGCCGCCGCGGCCCAGCAAGGAGGGCACUCCGGCCGACGAGCCGGCGCUCGAACAGAAGCCGUUCAUCUCCGGAAACCCCUUUGUGGAGGUUACCAAGGGACUGCUGCAUCUUUACAAGGAGAACGCGAUGACCAGCCUGGAGGAGGGGACGGAACGUUCAGAGAUGAUCUGUAUGAUGUCGGUGCCGGCCAAGAUGGCCAUCCACGACCUGCUGCAGUUCACGGCCGCCUGCUAUCCGGACAUUGAACGGAUGCGUAUCAUUCGCGACAGCACGCCCAACCAGUACAUGGUGCUGCUCAAGUUCAAAACACAGGCGGCGGCUGACGAGUUUUACCGCAACUUUAACGGCGUGGCGUACAACAGCCUGGAGCCGGAGACGUGCCACCUGGUGUACGUGUCGCGCGUGGACCUGGUCAACGAAUCCGACGAGGCACGGCUGCCCAUACCAGGAUUCACGGAGCUGCCCACGUGUCCGGUAUGUUUGGAGCGGAUGGAUGAGUCGGUGGACGGCAUUCUGACCGUGCUCUGUAACCACACGUUCCACGGCAGCUGCCUCAGCCAGUGGGGAGACACCAGCUGUCCGGUGUGCCGGUACGUGCAGACCCCGGAGCAGGCCGAGGAUAACUUCUGCUUCGAGUGCCAGGCCAGCGACAGUCUGUGGAUCUGCCUGAUCUGCGGCCACGUCGGCUGCGGACGCUACGUCGGAGGGCACGCCUACAGUCAUUUCCUGGACACGGGCCACACGUAUACGAUGCGUGUGGGCAGCACGCGCGUCUGGGAUUACGUGGGUGACAACUUUGUGCACCGGCUGGUACAGAACAAGGAGGACGGCAAGAUGGUGGAGGUGGAGGACGGACGAGAGCCCGGACAGCGCGACUCCAAACACGCGGACUCUGAGGAGAAGCUGGAGGGCAUCCAGCUGGAGUACACGUACCUGCUGACCAGCCAGCUGCAGUCACAGCGCCAGUACUACGAGGAGUGUAUCGCCCGUAUUGAGAAGGACGGACAGAAGCAGGCGGACGAGCUGCGCGAGCGCACCCGGCAGUCGGUGGAGGAGACGCACACGCUGCGGGAGCGCGUGCAGCAGGCCGGCCGCGACCGCGCCGCCGCCGAGAAAAAGGUUCAGCAGUUGACGCAGCGUCUGAACCGGUGUCAGAAGGAGCUCGAUGAGGAGAAGCAGAUCAACAAGUCGCUGCGAGAGAACCAGACUGGGUGGCAGGAUCGCGUGAAACGACUGGAGACCAACCUGGGCGAGAUCAAACGCGAAAAGGACAAGGAGGUGCAGGAUCUGAAGGAGCAGGUGCGCGACCUCAUGUUCUUCCUGGAGGCGCAGCAGAAGAUCGCCGCCGAGCCGUCGUCCCUGCAGCAGGAGCUAGCAGAGGGCAGUAUAGUGGUGCCCGAUGCGCCGCCCACCAAGCCUGCCGGCGGGGGCGCGCGGAGGAAAAAACGGUAACGUUGAGCGCCUCAGCCGCGGAUGGACCGCUAAGGUAACUAUACUGCGACCUGAUGGCAAGGGUUGCUGCUCUCGCCGGAAUGGUGUCGCCCGCUCCGAUGUUGUGAGGAAGGAAACCACCGCGGCCGGGAAGAUCUUCUUCAGCAGGUGUUCUGUGAUGGGCGGCGUCAGGUCACCGGGCGCCGGGAUACUGGUGUAAGGUGAGGAGAGGAGGCACCUCGCCACCGACUGGCGGCUCGGGCUCGGCCGGAAGACAGCCUCCCUGGCGACCAGUGUCGGGCGGUACGGUGACCUGUCGAGUGUCGCGUGUCGCUGCCUCUAGCUACCAGUGUUUGUUCACUGGGUACCCAUAUCGGCCCGCCGUCACCAGGGGCAGUGGGUGGGUCGGACGCGUCACUGCCCCGCGCCGCGCCGGCCGCUGGUGUUACCAACAAUCGUCUGUGAUGCGCACGAGCUGUGCAGUGUUCCCCGGGUCGCCACCGUGCCCCGGAGGGAACUAUCGGGAUGUUCUGCUCGGAAUGUGGCGCGUGUCUGUUGACUUGUGUGGCUUAUUUACCCACAAUUAUGCUACUCAUUAGCUAAUUCACGACAGUCAAGCUAUUUGCACUGCAGGAUUUGCAUUAGUGUUUGUAAUGUGUGUGCUUAUAUAAUGCAUCAUGUGUAACGACAUCCAUCAAUACACCAUCCAAGCUACCGCUGUGAA